UCGAAUUGACAACGCUUGUUUAUUUUUUUGUAAUUUCUUGAUACAAAUUUAGAUAUAACUUUGUAAUUGUAAAUGAUUUAAUAAUACAUAAAAUACUAUUUUGUACAAUUCAUUGAAUAGCCUAUAUGUGCAAUGGCGCCUACUAGAAAGGACUCUUUAGACGACACGGAUUCUGGAUCAGACUCAGACAGUGGAUCAAGUGGUAGCCGAAGUAAAAGUGCUAGUCCUGCACCUUCAGGCAAAGAGGGCAGUCAGUCACGAUCACAAUCUCGCAGCCCUCCACGAUCUGCAAGUGGAUCUCCCAAAUCCAAUAACUCAGCUAAAUCUAGACGUUCCUCAAAUGCUUCGAAUGCUUCACGCAGCAAAUCGAAUUCUCCUGCUCGUUCAAAUAGAUCUAGAUCAGGUUCAGCUCAGAGUCACAAAUCGGGCUCAUCCAGUCCUAAAUCUCAUGUUACAGGCAGCCCUAAAGAUAGAACUUCCCGAUCUAGAAGCGGAUCAAGGAGAUCUCGAUCAGGAUCAGGUAGUGCACGUUCUCGUUCCGGAAGUGCGAAAUCGCGAUCAGCAAGUCCGAAAUCUGGCCCUGAAAGUCCGAAGUCGAGAUCUCAAAGUCCUAAAUCCCGUUCACAAAGUCCUAAAUCUCGAUCACAAAGUCCUAAAUCCCGAUCGCAGAGUCCAAAAUCUCGCUCUCAGAGUCCCAAAUCGAGAUCACAGAGUCCUAAAUCAAGAUCACAGAGUCCUAAAUCAAGAUCACAGAGUCCUAAAUCAAGAUCCCAGAGUCCUAAAUCGCGUUCGCAAAGCCCUAAAUCGCAGAGAGCUAAAAGCCGCUCGCGUUCUUCGUCCGCUAGCGGUAGUCCCAAAAGUAGAAAAUCUCGAUCUCGUAGUGGAUCAUCAAGGUCUAAGAGUCCUGAAGCAAGACAAGAUGUUGAAGAUAGCAGGUCUAAUUCCCCUAAUCUUAUGAUAGAUGACCAGGCAAAGGAAAAGUCAAAGAGUCGGUCCAGAUCUGGUUCUAGACAUUCCCGGUCAAAAUCACGUAGUAAGUCCAAAAGUCGGUCAAGGUCCAGAUCAAAGAGCUCUAAUGCUUCGGAACCAGAGAUUGGAGACAAAAAGAAGCGAGGAGUAUUAUCAGAUUCCGACAGUGACGGUGAAUCAAAAACAACUACAAAACGCAGAAAGGGUUCUGACAGUGGAUCUGAUACAAGUGACAAACCCAAGAAAAAAAGUAAAAAAGUCAUUGACUCAGAUGAUGACAAUCAGGAAAAGGAUACAGUAACGGCCGAUGCUUUAUUCGGUGAUGCGUCGGACAUCAGCACAGAAGAUGAAGGUGAAAAGCGGUCGGGACGUUCUCGUUCCCGCUCGCGGUCACGAUCGCGCAGCCGUAGUGCUGCGAGAUCUGAUGAUGAACGGAGGUCUGGUGACGAGGCUAGACGAGGCAGUGGUGAUGAGGAAAACCGAGAGAAACCGGAAGAGGAAGAGGAACAGGAAAUCCCCGAGACGCGCAUUGACGUUGACAUGCCCAAGAUAUGGACAGAGCUGGGCAAAGAGCUGCAUUUUGUGAAGUUACCCAACUUCUUGUCUGUAGAGACCAGACCUUACGACCCUAAUACUUAUGAAGACGAGAUUGAUGAAGAAGAAACCUUAGACGAGGAAGGUCGCGCCAGACUAAAACUGAAAGUGGAGAACACAAUACGGUGGCGUACAUCAUUCGACAAGGAGGGAAACGCUAUCAAAGAGUCAAACGCCAGGAUGGUGAAGUGGUCGGACGGCAGUAUGUCGUUAUAUCUCGGCUCUGAAAUAUUCGACGUGUACAAACAACCUCUACUCGGUGACCACAAUCAUUUAUUCGUCCGUCAAGGCACCGGUCUACAAGGUCAGGCCGUGUUCCGCACCAAACUGUCCUUCCGGCCUCAUUCUACGGAAUCAUUCACGCAUCGCAAGAUGACGUUGUCGCUGGCGGACCGCUCCACGAAGACUUCCGCUAUAAAGAUUCUGUCUCAAGUCGGUGCCGACCCGGAUGCAGACAGAAAGUAUCAAUUGAAGAAAGAGGAGAUGGAGCUCCGCGCUGCAAUGCGAUCGAGGCCUUCGUCGCGGCCCAAGCGAAGGGCGGGCGGCGGAGCGGCGGGCGGCGCGGGCGGCGCGGGGGGCGCGGGGGGCGCCGCCGGGGCCCGCGGGGCCCGCGCCAACGACGACUCGGAGGACGAGGGCGGGGUCUCACUGCAGGCCAUCAAGAACAAGUACAAGCAGGGACAGAAAGCGUCAGCAGGCGCGGCGAUAUAUUCAUCAGAAUCGGACGGUUCAGACGUGGAGCGGCGAGCGCGGCGGCUUGACCGUGCUAAGGCACUUAAAGACUCUGAUUCAGAAGGAAGUGGAGCGGGAGGCGGAGGCGACACGCCUACGAAUGCUCGCAGCGGAACUGGUAGCGAGAGCGGAAGCGGAAGCGGGAGCGGCAGUGACUAACGUGAAGCUAAUAUUAGCUGUCGUCAGUGAAACUCUAAAAGUGAUGAUUUAGUGGCCAGUUUAGCAGUGCGUAAGUUAAAAAUUACGUUUGGCUUAUGUGUUAUUAGCUCUGCCCACUAUUUCAGCCGCGUGAUAUUUAUAGCUUAUGUGUUAUUUUGAUGUAUAAGCUAUUAUUAUAAAGUCUAAUUAAAAUCCAUUCAGUAGUAGUUUUAGUAUGAAAGAGUAACAAAUAUACAUCCAUCCAUUCAUCCACACUUCCGCAUUUAUAAUAUUAGUAAUAUUUGGAGAAAGUAUUUAAUAUGUUUUGCAGCAAUGGUUUGUAAUCACGGUUCAUUGUUGAAAAUUAAGUGAUAUUUAUUCAACUAACAGUAUUAAAACUGAGAAAAUAAUCUUAUUAAUAUUAUAAAUGUUUGUGAGUAUGA